UGCAACUGAAGACAUCUUUCAGUUCACUGGACAAGUGUUUUACGUUUUCUUCAGCAUAACUUUAAAUGGACAUUGUUUUACCCCCUUCUGGAAGGGCGCUGGUAUUUCUACAACUCAUGCUGUCAUGAGGCUGUGAGGGCUGCUGAAGAUGUCCGAUAGUCUGGAUAUUGAAGAGAAACCUCCAGCCCCACCGUUGAGAAUGAACAGCAACAAUCGCGAUUCUUCAGCACUAAACCACAGUUCGAAACCACUCCCCAUGGCCCCUGAGGAGAAGAACAAGAAAGCCAGGCUUCGCUCCAUCUUCCCAGGAGGAGGGGAUAAAACCAACAAGAAGAAAGAGAAAGAACGCCCUGAAAUCUCUCUUCCUUCAGACUUUGAACAUACCAUUCAUGUGGGAUUUGAUGCCGUCACUGGAGAAUUCACACCAGAUCUCUAUGGCUCACAGAUGUGCACAGGGAAGCUCCCAGAGGGCAUUCCAGAGCAGUGGGCCAGGCUACUACAGACCUCCAACAUAACAAAACUGGAGCAGAAGAAGAACCCACAAGCUGUUCUAGAUGUUCUCAAAUUUUAUGAUUCCAAAGAAACAGUUAACAACCAGAAAUAUAUGAGCUUUACGUCAGGAGAUAAAAGCGCCCAUGGAUACAUAGAAGCCCAUCCUUCGAGCACAAAAACAGCGUCAGAACCCCCACUAGCUCCCUCUGUUUCCGAAGAAGAGGAUGAAGAUGAUGAAGAAGAGGAAGAUGACAAUGAACCUCCACCUGUUAUUGCACCACGGCCUGAACACACAAAAUCAAUCUACACACGCUCUGUAAUUGAACCUGCCGCUGCACCAGCACCAGCUAAAGAAGCCACCACUCCCCAACCUGAAAACUCAAACACAAACACUUUGUACAGAAACACAGACCGGCAGCGAAAAAAAUCCAAAAUGACAGAUGAGGAGAUCCUAGAGAAACUGAGGAGCAUUGUGAGUGUGGGAGAUCCUAAGAAGAAAUACACUCGAUUUGAAAAAAUUGGCCAAGGGGCAUCGGGAACUGUUUAUACAGCAAUCGACAUCGCCACAGGACAAGAGGUGGCCAUAAAGCAAAUGAAUCUCCAACAACAGCCCAAAAAGGAACUAAUUAUUAAUGAAAUUCUGGUCAUGAGGGAAAAUAAGAACCCCAAUAUUGUUAACUAUUUAGACAGCUACCUAGUUGGUGAUGAACUCUGGGUGGUUAUGGAAUACUUGGCUGGAGGCUCUUUAACCGAUGUUGUUACAGAGACAUGCAUGGAUGAAGGACAGAUAGCAGCUGUCUGUAGGGAGUGCCUGCAAGCACUGGAUUUCCUUCAUUCAAACCAAGUGAUCCACAGAGACAUCAAAAGUGACAAUAUUCUUCUCGGAAUGGAUGGAUCUGUCAAAUUGACUGAUUUUGGCUUCUGUGCUCAGAUCACCCCUGAGCAGAGUAAACGGAGCACAAUGGUCGGGACUCCUUACUGGAUGGCACCAGAAGUGGUGACAAGAAAAGCAUACGGCCCCAAAGUGGACAUCUGGUCACUUGGGAUCAUGGCAAUAGAAAUGGUGGAAGGAGAACCUCCUUACCUUAAUGAAAAUCCUCUCAGGGCGCUGUAUCUGAUAGCUACGAAUGGGACACCAGAGCUGCAGAAUCCCGAGCGACUGUCCGCUGUGUUUCGUGACUUUCUGAACUGCUGCCUGGAGAUGGACGUGGACAGGCGAGGGUCUGCCAAGGAACUUCUGCAGCAUCCAUUUUUAAAAUUAGCCAAGCCUCUCUCCAGCCUGACUCCUCUGAUCAUUGCAGCAAAGGAAGCGAUUAAGAACAGCAGCCGCUAGCGCUUCAGGCCGGCUUUCUCCCAUGCCAGCUCAGAGCAGGACUGAGAACAAAAACUCUAUGAAACCUCAACUCUUGUGCUGCAGGACGGAUGGAUGGAUGGAUGGAUGAACAAACCAACAGUCACAGUCAUGGUGGUAGGAGGGAGAACAACCCAGUCCCUCAAGGAGUAAAAAAUUAUCAUUUGUCUUCUUCCUGCUUUCUGGCUCCUUAAUUUAUUUUUAAGAUGAAACAGGGCUUAAGACAGAAGUAAUGACCGAAAACGCUUUGCUGCCUCAACCAUUUCCAAGGUAAAGCAAAUUCAGUUGGAAGAUUCCCUUCCUUCUCGCCUUGUGAAUAAGCUGUACAUUCACUUUUUAAUUGUCAGUUGUUUCUUAAAGAUGGAAAGUCCCUUUUAUGUUUUUUUUUUUUGUAUGGUUUGGAAUUGGAGAAGGGUCUCCGUUAUUCAUAAGCUCUAGACUGCACUGCCUUUUGAAUACAGCCUACUCGCUGGUAUUUGCCCAGUCAUGGUACUUCUAGAUGAGGAAGAAAGUGAAAUUACAUUUCCAACCAAAAACGAAUCGAGAGUGGGCAGAUAAAACAUCCUGUUCAGAUACAGGCUUUCAACUGUGAAUAUAUAGUGUUUCAGUUCUUGACAAUUUGGUUUGUAUAGCUAAUUGUAAUCUGUUUGCCUGGAUGAGAGUCUUACUAAAAUGAAAAAGCAGAAAGUUCAGUCAGUGUGCUCAGAAAGGGUUUGUCUGAUGCAAAGCUGUAAGAGAAAUGUGAGGUGAGAGUGGGCCCAGCCUUGCCUGGUGCCGAGCCUCAGCAGACCCCUUGCAGAGCACAGAGCAGCCUCAGCAUCCGCAGACCCAGGCUGGGAGAAGGCGCAGACUGGCACUGGGUGCUUGCCUCUUCCUGGGACCAGACUAACCAUCCCGUAUCAGAGCCAGACUGGCACUGGGCUGCUCCCGAGGUCAGUCGUAGCCAUGCUGUGAAAUGCAUGGACUGAUGGGAUUAGCCCUCCUGAGUCUGUGCAGGAGUAGAGAAGGGCAAAACAGAGUAGAGUGGUGUUGUCACUUCGGAGGAUGCCUACUUCCUGGUCAUCUUGUAGCUCCUGGGAAAGGUCAGUAGUGACUGCGCCGGUCUUGGCAGAGGGGGAGGGAGCCGGGCUGCUCCCUAGGCUUGUGCGCAGGUGAGUGUCCUUCAGGCACACAACGUCUGCCAUGGAAACUGAGCCCGACACGAGUGAGUGAUGACUUCCGCACUUCAGAUAUGCAUGAGCCAGUGCAGCAGACAGCUCUAGCAGAAAGCACGUUAAAACCUGAAUUCUGCACUGAGCAAGAGCAAAUGUGUGAAAUGCAGAGUGGAUUGCAGAAAUAUUUAGAGGCAUCAAGCCAGCCUGCUUUCUGCUGUCCAGCUUACACCAAGCACCGCUGAAUGCAGCUCUGAGUUGCUGGGUGGGAGGGAAUCCUGGAUGUAACUGAGUAUUGUGCUUGACUAGUCAACUCGUUUGUAAGGGAGCAGAAGAGUUUUAAGUAUGCAAUUUGUGGUUUAUUUAUUCAUUUCUGAAAGAAAGACACAAUGUGGCUACACUCAGAAAAAGCAUUUGCAUGGUGUAUUUGUUGUAUUUAGUAGUACAACUAAUCAAAGACCUUCAAAACAGCAACUGAAGCAACACCCACCCAGUGAGCAAAAAACCCCAAAAAAAACAAAAACAGCUUUCUGCUGUAGAUCUUCAUGUUUAGGCCUAGUCCUACAAAGGGCUAAUUAGCCUUUAAGGUACUAAUCACCUUCAUGUUUUGUCAGUAGGAAUAAAGGAUGCUUGGGCUAUUCUUGAAUUAGGCCAUUAGCUUGUUUGGCUUUGGCUUCUUACUUAGUUACAGUCUUUGUGUUGUAACUGUCAUUAAUACUGCCAGCUAACCUACCCUCGCUCACUCUGGCCAUCCCUGUGUCUGGCUGAGGCAGCAGACAGAGGUAGUGCUCUCUUGAGUUACCACAGCUAAGUAUGAAUUAACCUUUCCUGAUUUCCUGGGGAGCACAACGGGUCUGAUUUCCAGAUGCCCAGAUAACAUGCCGAGGUGAGCAGCUCUGGUUUCCCGAACCGGGGGAACCUCGAGGGGAGCUGCCAGGAGCCCACAGCUCGCACCACUGCAGCUGAGGAGACUGGGGCCAAAAGCAACGACAGCCAAGUCCUACCUGCUUAUAAACAAACCCACGGGGAGCGUGAUUGACUAGUGCGGGCAAACAGCACAUCACAUCAGCAAGAGACUACAGGAAUCACACCCCACCUUCCCCAAGACAGGCCUGACAGGCAGACAGGACGCACAACACAGAGGAUUCCCUGUCCUCUCUCCACCUGGCUGAACACAGUGACUUAAGGGACAGGGAGCAAUGACAACAAGUUCCUCUCGGUGCAGCAGACACGUCUCCUCUGUGACCGCCCCUCCUGCCCUGGUGCCCUUGUAUAAUAGGUAUGAGGCUCUGCAAGUGGAACUGAGCAGUCACAAGGACAAAGGUUCUUCUAGCUUGGAGGUGUCACCGAGGAUAGGUCGGCCUACGCACUGCAUCAAAACAGCUCCCAUAAAUAAAAAAGGUGGGUCAUUGUCAUAGGAAACUCUUCUGAGGGGAACAGAAGGCCCAAUAUGCCAACCGGACCCACUUCUUAGGGAAGUCUGCUGCCUCCCUCUGACCCAGGUUAAAGAUGUGAAGAGAAGACUUCCUACCCUGGUACAGCCCUCAGAUUAUUAUCCAUUAUUGAUUUUCAGGUAGGCAGCGAUGAAGUUGCAUCAAGAAGUCCCAGGGCAAUCGAGAGACUUCAGAGCCUUGGGAUGAAUGGCUAAGGGAUCAGGAGCACAAGCAGUGUUCCCCUCUGUCCUUCCAGUUGCACAGAAUGAUGUGGGGAGAAACAGGAAGAACUGUCAGAUCAAUAUCUGGCUCCGAGCCUAGUGUCACCAGCAGAAUUUUGGGGGUUUUGAUCAUGGGUUGGUUUACAUGACACCAGGCCUGCUGGGGACAGACAGGGUAUACCUGUCUCAAACAGGGGACAGGAUCUUUGCGCAGGAGUUAGCAGGGCUCACUGAAAGAGCUUUAAACCAGAUUUGAAGGGAGAAAAGGAUAAAACUAGGCUUGCUAGAGAUAAGUAUGGGGGCAGCAUGCCAGUGUUUGAGGGAUAGUGUGCUAGCAAGGUCCUUCAGUCUACCUUGUCAGUGGAGGUAGGGGAUGGAGAGCUGUGCAACAGCAGAGAUGCGAGGGUUAUUGAUGUUCUCAGAAGUGCCUCAGAAUGGUCACAUAGGAAUCAGGGCUUCUCCCCCCCAAAAGGUGGCAGGAUAAUAGCACAAUUGAAGUGCAUUUAUGCCAAUACACGCAGCAUGGGCAACAAACAGGAGGAGCUGGAAGCCAUUGUGCAGCAGGAGAACUAUGAUAUGGCUGCUAUCACAGAAACAUGAUGGGAAGGCUCACGCAACUGGAGUGCUGCAGUGGUUGGCUAUAAACUCUUCAGAAGGGCUAGGCAAGGAAGGAGAGGCGGUGGGGCAGCUCUGUAUGUUAGGGAGUGUUUUGACUGUCUAGAGCUUAAUGAUGGUGUGACAACAGGGUUGUUCAUGGGUAAGAAUCAGGGGAAAGGCCAACAAAGCAGAUAUCAUAGUGGGAGUCUGUUACAGACCACCCAGCCAGGAUGAAGAGGCAGAUGAAAUAUUCUAUAAGCAGCUGGGAGAAGUCUCACAGUCACUAGCCCUUGGUCUUGUGUCUUACCACACAUCUGCUGAAAAUGAAAUACAGCAGCAAGGAAACAGUCCAGGAGGUUCCUGCAGUGUGUGGAAGAUGGCUCCCUCACAAGCUGUGUCAGGAAGCUAACUAGAGAGGGUGCCCCAUUGGACCUGUUGUCUGUGAACAGAGAAGGACUUGUGGGUGAUGUGAUGGUUGGAGGCUGUCUUGGGCACAACAAAGAGUUUUCAGUUCUUGGAGAAGUAAGGAGAGGGGUCAGCAGAACUGCCACCUGGGAGUUCCAGAGGGCAGACUUUGGCCUGUUUAGGAGCCUGGUUGCUAGAGUCCCUGGGAAGGCAAAGGAGUCCAGGAAGGCUGGACAUUAUUUACAAAGGAAAUCUUAAAGGUGGGGAGCAGGCCAUCCCCAUGGAAGAUGAGCCAGAGGGGAAGAAUGGCCUGGCUGAACAGAGAGCUUUGGCUGGAACUCAGGAAAAAAAAGAGUUUAUGACCUUUAGAGGAAGGGGCAGGCAACUCAGGAGGAAUACAAGGAUGGUUAUGAGGUUAUGCAGGGAGAAAAUUAGAAGGACCAAAGCCCAACUAGAACUUAAUCUGGCGACUGCUGUUGCUGUUUUUUUUGUGAGGUCCCAUUUUUCUGUCAGCUCAAGCUAGCUAUCUGGGGGAGAGACUUUCAGAAGAGAGUAAUCUGGGCUUGAGAUGGGCUGCCCUCAAUUUGUAAAGCAUUCAUCUGAAUGAAACAUGUUUGUAUUCCAUGUAAGAAGUGAAGAAACAAGUGACAGUUUCUGUUUCUAGCAUAGCUUUUAUUUUUUCCUACCCACAAAGAACAGACAGCCGUCCUUUAAAAGGAAAGCACUUUUUUAUGGUACAUGUUUGCUGGACAUACAAUAUAAAUCCUUGUUAACAGACUAUACUAUUUGAUUGGGGGUUUUCCUAUUUAUUUUCUUUACCUGUAAGUAUUUCAGCAUCUCCACUUUAAAAAAAACAAAAAAGCACCACCACAACUUUCCAGAAGAUAACAGAUAUGAAAAAUAGGAACAUGAAAUGGUAGCUUUUAAAAAAAAAAAAACCAAAAAACAGAUCAAAGUAUGCCCGAGCAUACAGAAUAUUGUUAGCACUGGCUUUUUAAAGACAACUGCUGUAAUAAGAGGCCUUACUUUUUAUUUUAUUAAAUGCUAUAUUUAUUUUUCUUUGCGUCAGCAAAUCUAGAGAUCUUUCUUCUAAAAAAAGUUCCUGGGAGGCAGACAGGAUUCAACAGAAAUAAUCUGUGCCAGUGGCUGUUUUCAACAUGGACUGUAAUUGCCCAGCAGAGACUGUUUGACACGCAGGGAAACACACCUCUAGCAUCCCUCUGGCUCUGUGCUUGAGACAGUCUCUGGCACUAAAUUCUUAGUCACUAGAUACUGAAAGAUGUCAGCUGAGUUUAUGUCCUCCCAACUCUGAUAGGAAAUGUGGAAGAGGCAUAUUAAUAUAUUAAAACAAAAACAACAGUCCCGAGAGGGGCAAGUCCUGUACAUUAUUUAGAGCUCACAUAGUAUGUUACGACUGACAAUAGUGUUGAACUUACAGAAAGGAAAGAGAUGAAUACUAUAAAAUCUCUGGAACCAUCUUGGGUUUUUUGACUGCUAUCCUCAGAUUAAGCAAUUAGUUACAUAUUUUUGGAAGUAUUAGAAAUAGGCCAUUUCUGUUGCAAAAUACAUAGGUAGGUAGAUUUCAAACACUUUCAUUCCAAGAUUUUUUUAAAAUUGGCUGUUUUCAUUUUUAAAUUCAUUAAACAGUAAAAAAUACCUAUCCAGAGCUUGACUAUGAUUCCCAUCCCUGCAAUGAAGAUGUGUGAGAACGACCUGAUAGCACGCUGUGGUUUUAAUGUGUUUUGGGACAGAAGCAUGACAGCAGUAAAGUCAGGGAAGUUUGAGAAGCACAGAAAAGUUUAUUUAUUUAAGAAAAAAGAAAAAAAAGGGGAAGAAAAAAAAAAAACCAUAC